AUGGAUUAUGAUGAGUGGGGAAUAAUGACUUUAUGGGAGAAAGUUCAACAGUUGGGAUAUAAGAUAGAUGGAUGUAGAUGUUUUUCUAAGAGUGAUAUUGGAUUGGUAGAGUUAAUUUUAGAUUUGGAUGCUUGGAGCUUGGUUAACUCUAUUGUGAGACCUAAGGUACUAGAGAUUUGGGUUAUUGUAGGGGUGGUGGGAGAAGAUGAAAAUCAGAUUGCAGAAUAUGAAAUACCAGAAAAUGACAUUUAUGAAGAAGAAAAUCAGAAUGUAGAUCCAGAAAAUGAUAUUAGGGAAGAAGAAAAUGAUAGUGAGGAAGAAGAAAAUUACAGUUCAGAAGUUGAGUUGGACCAAUUUGAAGGAAGUGACUAUGAAAUUGAGCAAGGUCAAGUUGAUGAUCAAGAAUUUGUUAAAUACACAGAUCCAGAAAUAGAGUAUGCAGGUGAGGGAAACCUAGAAGUGGUACAUGAUGCAGGUGAGGGAAAUAAAAGGCCUAGUAACAGUGAGGUUAACUUUUCUGAUGAGGAAAGAGGGACUGAUGUACAUUUGGGUGUGUCUAUUAGGCCUAAUCCUCCUCUUCCAGAGUUGCCAAAUCCUUUGUGGCUUGGUAGAGCUUUUAUGGGUAAAGAGGAUUUCAAAAAUGCAGUGAAGACAUAUGGAAUACAGUAUGGAAAGGAGCUGAAAUUUAAGAAGAAUGAUAAGGUUAGGUGUGUAGCUGUAUGUACCCAAAGUGAUUGUAAGUGGCAAGCAACCUGUAGAAGAGAUCCUGAUGAAGCCUUUUGGAAGGUGACUGUUUUCAAUGAUGAGCAUGUUAAUUGUCCAUGGGUGAGUGACAACAAGUUGAUAACUUCAUCCUUAGUUGCAAAGAGAUGGAAAACAAAAAUUGCUGGAAAUAGUAAUUGGAAGAUGGGUGAGUUUAGAAAGGCAGUCUGCAUUGAUGAACACCAUUCGUCCAUGAUGUUCGCAUUUUCAAUCUUUGCCCACAGUGACAAUAAGAGAGGGGUGUGUCGCUAUAGUAAAUCUUGGGAUGACAAUUGCUCUCCUCGCUGUCGGCAUAUGAACGUUAUCUUCAAGAUUGUUGUUGAAGUCCAAGCGUGGUCCUCCAAUGGAGAUUCAGAAGAAGAAUGCGUGAAGGAAAUAACAAAUGGAAGAAUGCGUGAAGCUAGGGUUCAAUUGGCUAAAUAA